AUGGGACUUCACGACACCUUCGACUUCGACGAGGCCGCCUACCGCGCGAAAUGCGCAGAGCGGCCCACGAUAAAGCUGCAGGAAGAGGAGAUCAGGAAACUCCGGCAGCACUUCGCAGCCAGCGCGUCAAUGGGCAUCGGCCUGAGCCACGCCGUCACGACAGCCGGCCUCACGCUGGGCGUGUCCGCGUUCGCGCUGCGGCGGUACUACGUCGCCAAGGAGAAGCUGGCCAUCAUCCGCGAGGAGCUCACCAGGCGCGGCGUGCCGCUCCACGACAUGAGCAAGCGCGACGCGUUCAUCCCGCUCGGCACGGCGGCGGUUGGCCUGGGGGUUGGCGCCGGCAUAAGUCAUCUCGUCGCCGGCGCGAUUGCCCCGCCUGAUGUCCCCGUGCCGGGUCCUCACGGGGGCAGCCUGGCCAUGCAUUAUAUCCAGGGAGAUCCAGAGGCGGCGGCCCAUGGGUUCGCUCAGGGUCUCACGGACCAGGCGAACGCGGUUGGCCAGGCUGCGCACGGGGCGUUGCUGGGCCAUGGAGCCGAGCAGGUCAUCAACGAGACCGCCACUGAGGGUGUCAGUGGGCAUGCUGUUGGUUAUGCGGUUGGCAUUAUGGCUGCGAAGAAGAUGGAGGAAAUGCUUGCUGAGUGUAUUGGCGAGACUGUUUUCGCAUAUGCCAUGGAAAAGCUGCUGGACCCGGAGAUCAAGAUCGAGCUGAAACUCAAGGGCAAGUGUACUAGACUGAUCACCCAGGGUCGAUACUAUUAUUGUCCCGAGUGCAGUGAUGAUACGGAUUUCGAUAUGUGUCAAGACUGCUAUCGCGAGGGGAAAACAUGUCACUCCCCUGACGACCACAGGCUCUACGUGUACCUAAGAGCCAACGUUGACAGGCCACACCCGGACUUCGCUACAGAUGGCAUUUCUUGCAAAGGCUGUGAGACCAAGAUAAAGCAAGGGCCAUUCUACUUCUGCGAAAAGUGCGGCGAUGACGCCGGCAUCUGCGACCGCUGUUAUGAGAUGGAUAAGACCUGUAAAAACACAGAACAUGUUUUGACACGAUAUGUUGUCUAUAAGGGCGAAAAGAGCAUUUCCAAGCAGUUUACAGAAAAGGACUGCUGUCAGUUCUGCAAGGAGCAACUAGGAGGUGGCGUUUUCUACUUAAAUGCUACAUACGAGGAGCGGCAGCCCAAGGAGUACCUGAAGGAGCUCUUCAGUGAGAACAGCAAGGAACAGCGGGUUGAUGAGUACGUCGACUCGCUGGCGCCGCAGAUCCAGCCCCGCAUCGCGUCUGAGAUCGACAUCUUCCAGAAGAAGACCAUCGACAGUCUGGAGGACCAGGUCGUCGAUGCCUUCCGCUCGCUGUUCGAUAAAGACAAGGGCCACUCUGAGGGCGGCUCAAGGCGUCUAGAUGACUCACCCCCAGAUGCCUACGGCGGCCAGUCACUGCCCUUCGCAGACGAGAUUGCCAAGCUGACGCGGAGCUUCUCCCAAAUCACCGAUGAGGCUGGCGACGACCUGCGUGACAUUUUCGACCUGACCGAGGGCCGAGGAGGAGGCCCGGGACAGACUCAGUCUCGCGGCGUGGGCCACGCCGAUUCAUUCUCCGGAGGCGCGAAGGGCUUCCUCUCCGCCGCUAUGAACGCCGUCCAGGACCACCUGGACGACAGUGGACCAGGGGGAGGCAAGAAGUUCGAGCUUGAUGGACUUUUAGGUGUACUGAGCGACACGGUCAAGGAUGCUGCACGAAACCCAGAGGAGAAAGCGCGUGCCAUCAGCCCCGAGAUCAAGGAGAAGGUUGGCGCGAAGCUGAAGGAGCAGCAUGCACCCAUCGCUGAGCAGUUCACUCGCAUCGCGCUGGACCACAUCAAACGCUGGCUAAGAGGGAACACCAGCACUCGUGAUCUUGGUGAUGGUGUCAAGGGAGAGUUUGAGGAUCAGGUCAAGGACAUCGUCAAGGGCAUCGGAGGCCUCUUCGGCAACAAGAAGCACUCUGACGAAGGAGCAUCGCGAGGCAUCGGUGAUCGGGAUGGCGAAGGCGGAGAAAGCAGCGGCGGCUUCUCCAAGGUCAUCAGCGACAAGCUGAGCACAGGCCUGGCAAAGGUCCACCGCGAGGUGCGCCUCGAGUUCCGCAGCGUGUUGGGCGCGAUCGAGAAGCAGCUGUUCGAGCUUCUGCCCGACGAGUUCCAGCGGCCCCUGGAGAAGAUCCUGGGCGGCAACCCCUUCGACCCGCAGCUCGACCGCGACGCCGACCCCGGGGCGGACCGCGGCUUCGGCGACGACAUCAAGGUCAAGCUCGUCAACAAGAUCCGCGGGCUGGUGCGCAAGGUUCAGGAGACGCUGCGCGAGAGCAUCCUGGGCCUCGUCAACGGUGGGCACCGCAAAUUCGAGCGCGAGAGCUGGGUCUUCGUGCAGAACAUGGUGGAGCAGAAGGUGCAGAAGUAUCUGCCCAAGGUUAAGAUCACCGUGCCGGAUGAUAUUGGAAACGAGGGUGUCAGCGUGGGUGCAGUUGCUGCUGGUUCUCAGCCGGGUGGCGGACAUCAGUCCAGUGGUGGCGGAAAUCAGCCUCCGCCGUCGACGCACGGAAACUACCCGCCUCCACCUCCUGCUCCCUCGCAUGACCAGUAUGGUGGUCACCAGGCCCCUCCUUCUCACCAGCCGUACAACCCAUCGCAUCAUCAGCCAUCGCAGGAGUACCGUCCUGAUCAGCAUCAGGCGCCAGAGUACAACCCCCCACAGUACCAGCCUCAUCAGGAGUACAGGCUGGACCAAUACCAACCGCACCAGCAACAAGGCUAUGGUGGUCACAGCCAGGGCUAUGGACAGAGCCAGAGCUAUGGACAAAAUCAAGGAUACGGAGACGGUUCCAACUAUGGUCAUCAACAAGGCCACGGAAAUCCUCCGUACUAG